AUGGGUAAUAUAUUCUCAACGCUUUCGGCUUCAGUCAACGAUGGACCAUUUAUUUUGCGACGAGAUUUACAGCCGAAUGAUGCAGUUAAAAAUUUGGAAAACGUCGCCUUAAUAUGGCUCGAUAGUUACAACAAUAUUUCCUCUCCUAACACUGAAACAACAUUGUCAUUAUUACAGGUGUACACUAAUUUUGUUGUAACGUAUACAGACCCACAGUUAUGCGUUGACUAUAUUAAAUAUAUUGAAAAAGAAAAAGUUGUAUUAGUUGUAUCUGGUGCACUCUGCAGGAACGUAUUACCAGACAUCUGUCAUCUGCCCGCUGUUGAUUCCGUAUUGAUUUAUUGUAAAAAUCGCCAAUUGCAUGAACAGUUACGCCUAGAUUAUGCACCGAAAGUAGCCAAUAUCGUUACUGACCACGAAACAUUAGAAAAAGCACUGAAUCAGCAAUUUGUUUUGUUAUGGAAACAAGCAAUGGUAUAUUCGUUUUUUAAUGAACAACAAAAAUCAACAAAGGAAUUAACAAAAGAUGCCGCUGCUUUUCUUUGGGCGCAAAUGAUGCUCGCCAUUUUAAAACAACUACCACAAACUGCAGAUUCUAAAAAACAACUUUUGAACAAGUGUCGCGAUUAUUAUCGUGGUAACCCAGGGGAGUUAGCAGUGAUCGACGAAUUUCAAAAAGAUUAUCAAGCCAGAGAUGCUGUUGCUUGGUAUACAAAAGAAUGUUUUAUUUAUCGUCUUCUAAAUAAGGCUCUCAGAACUGAAAACAUCGAUGCACUCUAUCUUUUUCGAUUCUAUAUCAUAGAUUUGUGCAAGCAACUGGAGGAAGAAAGUCAAAAGAAUCGGGGCGUCAUGACACUUUAUCGUGGUCAGGUGAUGUCCACUGAAGAAUUGGAUCGAUUAAAACGAAAUGUAGGAACAUUAUUUUCAAUGAAUGGUUUUUUUUCAACAACACGCACACUCAAUGUCGCUAAAAAUUUUCUGGAGAGUUCAAGACGCGACGGACUUCAACCGGUUCUGUUCGAAAUCACCGCUGAUUCCAAUAUAAGACAUGUUGUGUUUGCGGAUAUCGAACAACUUAGUAAUAUCGAUGGUGAAGAUGAAGUAUUGUUCAGCAUUGGCUCUGUAUUUAAAAUUGAAAGUGUUGAAGCUGAUGAAACAUUAAACUGUUCAGUUGUAAAAAUGGUGACCAGCGAUGAAGGAACGAUAAGCGUUCAUGAAUAUAUCGAAACUUUGAAAAAGGAAUACGAAGGUCUUACUAAUGUCAUUCUGUUUGGUCGUCUUUUGACACAAAUGGGAGAAUAUAAUAAGGCCGAAGAUUACUUCAAUUUUUUACUGCAAAAUACACGAACGGACUCUCUUGAAGAGGCGGACAUUCGAGAUGAAAUUGGACACAUUUUUAAUAAUAGAUCCCAAACAGUUUUGGCAAUGGAACAUUACAAGCGAUCACUUGAAAUUCGAGAGAAAUGGGUGCCACACGACGACUUUCGUAUAGGAAGGUCUUCGAAUAACCAAGCAUCAAUAUUUGCCAAAACGAAUGAGAAUGAGAAAGCUCUUCUGUUUUAUUUGAAAGCCUAUGCAAUUAGUGUGAAAAAUCAUCCACAGGGCCAUUUAGAUACCGCGACCGUGUUAUCAAAUAUAGCUGAUGUUUAUGUUAGCAUUAAAGAUUUCGUAACUGGUAUGGAUUUUCAUAUUCAAUCACUUGACAUGCGACUCAGUCUAUUACCUAAAGAACAUUCGACGACUGCAUUAAGUAUUCGAAAAAUAGGUACAGUCUUUUAUCAAGAAAAAGACUAUGAUCGUGCUCGUCAACAGUACAAUUUUGCAUUGAACAUUUAUCAGAAAACCCUGCCGGUUGGUCACCCAUCUAUGAAUGCAUUGUAUUCGGAGAUUGUGAAUGUGCACAUGGCAAAACAAGAACAUACGAUAGCAUUCACUUUUUGUGAAGAAAAAUUAGAUGAACUACGUCAAACUGUUGGAGAAACUCAUGUAAGUGUUGGUAAGAUUCUAUAUCUUAAGGGAACAAUUUAUCAAGAUGAAAAUCAAGAUGAUGAAGCUCUUAUACAAUACGAAUAUGCAUUGAAAAUAUAUGAAAAAUGUAUUCCACCAGAGCAAGAGCAUGUGAAAUCUUGUUGCAACAACAUUGCACAAAUAAACUAUCGAAAGAAUAAUUUUAUAGAAGCCUUAGAAUUGUAUAAAAAAGCGUUGGAAAUUGCUCGCAAAAUCUAUUUACCCGUACAUCCAGAAAUUGCUAAUAUGCUAAUGAAUAUUGGUUCAAUUUAUUUAAAAAUUGAGAAUUAUGAAGAAUCAAUAAGCCAUUUAAAAGAUGCAUUGGGAAUAUUUCAUAAGAAACUUAUUCCUGUACAAAUAGAAAUGCAAACUACCCAAGCACUAAUCAACGAAGCACGCAUUCUUAGUAUUAAUAAAAAAUGUUUUGACCAAUAA